AUGGGGACGAACCUUAACGUGUUAGUAGCAUGGACCACAUUCCUUCUACCAUUAUGCGCUGCAAAAAAUUGGGUAUCCCUCCCGGUCCACGCUCCAGCGACUCUCGAAGACGACAUUGGUCACCAAGUCGAUGUCGCUGUAGGCACACCCCCUCAGAAUAGCUCGUUCAAUAUCGGGAUACAAGACUGGCUUGUAGCAACCCUCGUUCCACAGUGUAUUUUCUGUCCUGUCGACGGGAUGUAUGAUCCGACUUUGUCGACGAGCUUCAGAGUUUCCAACACGAGAGAUGGGGAUUUUGAUCUUGGAGGGCUGAAAGGGAAUGAAACGUUCACUUUAGGAGGCGUUUUACAAGACCUGAAUGCCCCGAUGUAUUUCAUCGAUCAAAUGGGACUCGAGCGCUCAAACCGCUUCAGUGGCGGCCUACUUGGACUUGCCCCCACUAGAAACGAGUCAUUACGUGGACGAAACAUUCUCGUCCGGCUGGAUGAGCAAGGCCAGCUUCUGAAUCCAGUAUGGGGACUCCGCUUGGGGGGAGAUAAUCCUCGACUGACAAUUGGAGCGCUCGAUCCAAACGAGUACGAAGGGGAACUGAACUGGGUACCGGAAUUGAACGAUGCCGGGAUGAUAAAGGUGGACGCGUACAGAGGGUAUCAAGGGAAUAUCCUACCUUUUCAGUACCCCGUUACUGUGCCAUUGAGCAGUGUCAGCAUGAACAUCUAUCUGCCUGAUAUCAUGACAUACCUCACGAACGAAUCUUUGAUUGGACCGCAAGAGAAUAUAAAUCUUGACACGAAGUACAAUAUAAUUGAGAUUCAGUGUAACGGGACUCAGCCACCACAGCUGCAGUUUUCGGUAGAUAUCAACGGUAUCAACUAUCCGAUCAACCAAGAUGACCUGAUUCGAGCCCCGAGCAUAAUAUCUGCGAUCGGAUUCUGCAAUAUCGGGAUCUCUCAACCGGUUCCGGCAGAAUUUGUACUUGGACUGACCUUCCUGCGGAGUGUAUAUCUAGCUUACAGAUUCCCCACUGGAAACUGUCCAGGCUAUUACGGAUUCGCCUUUCCCAAAGGCUCUACGACGACUUCCGAUCAAAAACCCAGAGACCCACCUCCUAGAGCCUCGCAAUGCCUGUCUUUGGUCCAGCCAACUUCUACACCCACUCCAACAAUCGCGGUACAUGAAGGCAAGCACGGAUUUUCGGAAGAGAAGUACAAGGUUUAUGGGGAAAAUGAGGAUCAAUGGGUUGCAUUGAGGGGUGUGGGGGAUUUGCCUGCCCUGAAGGUUAGAGGUGUUGAGGAUAAGUCGGUAGUCAAUGGUGGUUGA